AGUAGUCCUGGGCAUAGCCAGUACCUUUCAGAUCUCUGCUCUUCUUGCUAUCUCCGGGCUCACCACGAUGGAUCCUCUGCUGGAAGCAAAUGCUACUUUUGCCUUAAACCUUUUAAAAAGACUGGGUGAAGACAGCUCCGAAAAUGUAUUUUUCUCACCCACAAGCCUCUCUUCAGCCCUGGCCAUGGUCUUCUUGGGGGCAAAAGGAACCACUGCAAGCCAGAUGACUCAGGCACUGUCUUUGGGUAAAUGCAGCAGCAGUGAAGGUGCAGACGUCCACCAGGGAUUCCAGUCACUUCUCAGCAAAGUGAACAAGACUGGCACACAGUACUUGCUCAAAACAGCCAACAGGCUCUUCGGGGAAAAGACUUUUGAUAUCCUAGCAUCCUUUAAAGAUUCCUGCCACAAGUUCUAUGAAGCAGAGAUGGAAGAGAUGGACUUUAAGGGUGCUACAGAGCAGUCCCGACAGCACAUCAACACCUGGGUAGCCAAAAAAACAGAAGAUAAAAUCAAAGAGUUGCUAUCUCCAGGUACAAUACAUUCAAGCACUCCACUGGUCCUUGUGAAUGCCAUCUACUUCAAAGGAAAGUGGGAGAAGCCAUUUAACAAAGAGGACACCAGGGAGAUGCCAUUCAAAGUCAGCAAGAAUGAGGAGAAACCUGUGCAAAUGAUGUUUCAGAAGUCUACCUUUAAGAUGACCUAUGUGGAAGAGAUAUCCACCAAGAUUCUGGUGCUUCCUUAUGUCAGCAAUGAGCUGAACAUGAUCAUCAUGCUUCCAGAUGAACACAUUGAACUGAGAAUGGUGGAAAAGGAAAUAACUUAUGAGAAAUUUAUAGAGUGGACGAGGCUCGACAGGAUGAAGGGAGAAAAGGUGGAGGUUUUCCUCCCACGGUUUAAGCUGGAGGAGACCUAUGACAUGAAGGAUGUCCUCUGCCGGCUGGGCAUGACUGAUGCCUUUGAGGUGGGCAAAGCAGACUUUUCCGGAAUAUCUUCCAAGCAAGGCUUGUUUCUGUCCGAUGUCAUACAUAAAUCUUUUGUGGAGGUGAAUGAGGAGGGCACAGAGGCUGCGGCUGCCACUACAAUUGUUCUGAAGGGCUCAUCACGGUUCACCCCUUGCUUCUGUGCUGACCGCCCCUUCCUUUUCUUCAUUCAGCACAAUAAGACCAAUGGGAUUCUGUUCCUUGGCCGGUUCUCCUCUCCCUGAGGAAAGGUUGUUCUUGUCAGUAUUUUACCUUUUCUCCAUGAUUUGCCUGUAACACAAGUGACCUUAUCUGUAAGUGCAAUGACAGUUAUGAAAUAAAGAGCUUUAAAGGCACCC